ACGACACAACAGCUGACACAAAUAUCUCACUGAGAAACCCCCCAUUCCACCAAUUCAACUCCACAAACCCUAAAACCCUAAACCCCGAAUCACCUCUGAUUACGCCCCCAAAAUGAUGAGCAUCAUGCUCCGGCGAACACCCACGAUGGCGCGCAACCUCGCCGCCAUCGAAACGCUCCUCACAAACCGCCUCCCCUUCCCUCCGAUGUCAUCAUCCGGCCACCUGAUUCCGGCCUCAUCCGACGUCGGCGGCGAGGCUAAAACCUCCCACGGGUUUCAAGUUCGGAACUUUCACGCGAAAUCGAUGCCUUUGAAUUAUCGCGCAUCGCCGACUCUGGACGCCGCCCAGUUCGCCGUGGAGGACGGCCAGUACGACGUGUCGUCUAAAGCGAGCGGCGACGAGGGCCUCGAGAUUUCGAAGCUAGGGAUUGAUAAGGAGAUUGUGUCUGCUUUGGCCAAGAAGGGGAUCACUAAGCUUUUCCCCAUUCAGAGAGCUGUGUUGGAGCCAGCAAUGCAAGGCCGUGAUAUGAUUGGUCGUGCUAGAACUGGAACUGGGAAAACUCUUGCGUUUGGGAUUCCCAUUUUGGACAAGAUCAUUCAGUACAAUGCCAAACAUGGGCGUGGGAGGAAUCCCUUAGCGUUGGUGUUGGCUCCGACGAGGGAGCUGGCGAAGCAAGUUGACAAGGAAUUCUAUGAGACGGCACCGAGUUUGGAUACGAUUUGUGUUUAUGGUGGUACACCCAUUGGAAGGCAGAUGGGCCAGCUUGACCAUGGAGUUGAUGUGGCGGUUGGCACACCUGGUCGUGUGAUUGAUCUUCUCAAGAGGGGUGCGUUGAAUCUAUUGGAAGUUCAGUUUGUUGUUCUUGAUGAAGCUGAUCAGAUGCUUCAAGUGGGAUUUCAGGAGGAUGUGGAGAUAAUCUUGGAGAGGCUACCUAAGAAACGUCAGACCUUGUUGUUCUCUGCAACAAUGCCUACUUGGAUCAAAAAUCUUACUAGGAACUACCUAACAAAUCCGGUGGUUAUUGAUCUUGUUGGGGAUUCUGAUCAGAAAUUGCCAGAUGGAAUUUCCCUAUACUCGAUUGCUGCAGACUCGUAUGGAAAAGCAUCAAUUAUUGGACCACUGAUAACAGAACAUGCAAAAGGAGGAAAGUGCAUUGUUUUUACUCAGACAAAGCGUGAUGCUGAUCGAUUGGCAUCUGCCAUGGGAAGACAGUAUAACUGUGAGGCUUUGCACGGGGACAUUUCACAACAGCAGAGAGAAAGGACGCUUUCAGGCUUCCGAGAUGGGCGUUUCAAUAUUCUAGUUGCCACUGAUGUUGCUGCUCGUGGGCUUGAUGUACCCAAUGUUGAUCUGGUGAUACAUUACGAGCUCCCAAAUAAUUCAGAAAUAUUUGUUCAUCGGUCAGGCAGAACAGGCCGUGCUGGGAAGAAAGGAAGUGCUAUUCUUAUUUACUCACAGGAUCAAACCAGGAAUGUCAGGCUGAUUGAAAGAGAUGUUGGAUGCAGAUUUACUGAGCUUCCCCACAUUGCUGUUGACAGUGGAAGUGCAGACAUGUUUGACAUAGGAAGCGGUGGUCGAUUUAAUCGUUUUGGUGGUCCAGGGGGAGGGGGACCUGGAUUUGGACGUUCUGGACCUGGGGGUAGAUAUAAUGGGCCUAAUUCAGGUCGUUUUGGUUCCUUUGGUGAUUCUGGUCAAUCUAGCACUGGUCGAGGUGGAAACUUUGGCAAUUCAGGUUUCGGUCGCUCAGGUGGUUUUGGGAAUUCCGACCGUUCAGGUGGUUUUGGGAAUUUCGACCGUUCAGGUGGUUUCGGAAGUUCUGAUCGUUCAAGUGGUUUUGGAAGUUCUGGCCGUUCAAGUGGUUUUGGAAGUUCUGACCGUUCUGGUGGUUUUGGUAGUUCUGAACGUUCAGGUGGUUUUGGAGGAGGGUUUGGUAGUUCGGAUCGUUCAGAUGAUCAAGAUGCAGGGAGAUGAGCCUUUUGAUUUUAA